AAAAACGUGUUUCUUCCAGGGGCAGUGUCAUUUGCUGUAAAAUGAAUAGCGAGGAACCACAAGGAAGCAAGGGAAUAUGGAGCUUUGUCUGCUUGGCUUGCUGAUGGACUUAUUUGCCCUCAAGAAAGGGCAUGCUGUUCACCAAGAGAGGAUAAUUCGUGCUUCUGGAGAACAGAUCUUGCUUCCCUGUGGGAAAGACAGCCCGCAUACACGUUGGUUUUGGUUCCCUCUGACACCUAGAUGUGCCAAUAUCAUUGGGGAGAGUGUGGAAAUAACCUGGAGCCCUACCAAAUCCUAUGUGACUCCUACUCGGUUCAACCAGCGCCUAGUGUACCAGUCUCCAGGCUCGCUGCUCCUCAGAAAUCUGGUCAUGAGUGAUGAGGGCACCUAUGUCUGUCGUCUCCCCAAUGGCUCAGAAACUCACACCAUUCUGGAGGUGACAACAGGAUGCCACAAUCAUCUCACCGUUUCUUCACAAUGGCUCAAUGAGUCCUCUUUGCGACUCAGCUGCCAUCACUGCCGGUCAGUGAACACGGCACGUGGCUUUUAUUGGACGCUGAACUCGGAGCGACUGGGCAGGCGAAGCUGGGCUCAGAAGAGUCAUUCUGGCUCUUACAUUACUUUGAAUCCCAUCCGACCGGUCAUUUGGGGACGCUGGGAGUGUCGUUCCACUGUCAACUCCUCUUGGGUCUCUGAAAUUUGCUUGAAGCAACAAACAAGAGAAGAUGCAGCAGCUGCACCUGGAGGGCAUGAUGUGAGAGAGGUUGAAGUUUGGAUAUGGACCUUAUUCUUGGCUGGGCUGGCUCUGGUACCGGUUAUUGGGAUAGUUCUGUGCUUCUGCAAGAGCACAGGCAGGAAAAACAAAGAAAGAAAGGAGGAAACAGAUCAUGCUUCCCUGAGAAAUCCAGCUGGAAUUCUCCUGCGACAGAAUGAGGAGCUAUCCGAAAGGGAGAGUUUGGAGGAGACAUCUGCCUCCCUUCAUUAUGCUCAACUGCAACAUCCUUCAAGGAAAUCCCCCUCUAUUCUGACUACAGACAGCACUACUGUUUACGCAGCAAUUGUCUGAUGCUGAUUCCAUCUCUGCAUGAAGAUCCAGCUGUCCUCCCUCGCCUCACCAAUGACAUUUUUCUGCUGCUGCUUGCCUCAGCUCCCUCUGGGCCCCUGUAGUUGACCUGUCCCUUUUUCUCCUUCAAAGGUACCUUUUCAACCACCCAAAACAGCAGAGCGUCCUGCUUUCUCCUCUCUCCUGCCUCUUUUGACUGCCUUCCUUGGAGCCUCCCCCUCGGACCACAUCCUGAAGCACAACAAUGCCUCAGCAUAUUUUGACUGCAUUUGUUCAUAUCUGUCUCUCCCAUUAUUCUUCCUGUCCCUCUCCCCGGCCCCUUUAUGUCAUAACUAGACAUGUAUUUACUAAGGAGAAUGUAGAAAUAAUAAUACAUUCAAAGUGCCUGUAAUUAGGGUUUUGUUAUUUCUUACUAUUUAUGUUUUUAUUAUGAUAGUAUUUUAAUUAUGCAUAUAAUGGGGGAUUGUUCCAUUAAAUCAUACUUCAUAGA